UUGGGGCCGGGGGCGGGUCUGGGGGCGGACCCAGAGGCGGGGCUGGCUCUGCGGCAGGGCCCGGUUCGGCUCCCCCGGUCUCUCUCUGUCUCUCCUCCUCCCUCCUCCUGCUCCGGGCGGAGCCCGGCAUGGGGGGGCCGGCGCCCGGCAGGCCAGUGGAUCCGGGACCCAGGGACGGCCGCCCCCCGGGCCUGGUGGCGUUGAGAAGGGCCCCUCAGCCCCCACCUCUCGCCCCACGACAUGAACCUUCUCUACCGAAAAACCAAGCUGGAGUGGAGACAGCACAAAGAAGAGGAGGCCAAACGGAGCUCCAGUAAGGAAGCAGGCCCGACAGGCCCGGUGGGGCCUGGGGCUGUCCCAGCGCCCGGGGUUCGAGUGAGGGACAUUGCCUCGCUUCGCCGGUCCCUCAGGAUGGGCUUCAUGACCAUGCCCGCGUCGCAGGAGCACACGCCCCACCCCUGCCGCAGCGCCAUGGCCCCACGCUCGCUCUCUUGCCACUCGGUAGGCAGCAUGGACAGUGUAGGGGGUGGGCCCGCAGGAGGCGGGGGCGUGCUCACGGAGGACAGCGGCGCCCGAAGACCCCCGGCCAAGCCCCGGCGGCACCCCAGCACCAAGCUCAGCAUGGCCGGAUCCGGGGCAGAGACACCGCCAAGCAAGAAAGCAGGCGCCCAGAAGCCAACCCCUGAGUGCCGAGAGUCUAGCCGGAAGGUCCCACCACAAAAGCCCCGGCGCAGCCCCAACACCCAGCUGUCGGUGUCUUUCGAUGAGUCCUGCGGCCCAGCGCCGUCUCCUCGGGGGAACCUGCCGCCGCAGCGCCUCAGCCGGGCUUCUCGAAUCGCGGGGGACCCGGAUGCGGGCGCCCAGGAAGAGGAGCCGGUGUACAUCGAGAUGGUGGGGGACGUCUUUCGCGGCGGAGGCCGGAGCGGGGGCGGCCUGGCGGGCCCCCCUCUUGGCGGUGGAGGCCCAACGCCUCCGGCCGGUGCCGAUUCGGACUCUGAGGACAGCGAGGCCAUCUACGAGGAGAUGAAGUACCCCUUGCCCGAAGAGGCCGGGGAGGGCCGGGCCGGUGGGCCUCCCCCGCUGGUGGCCCCUCCACAGCAGCCUCACGCCCUCCCGCCCCACGCCCACCGCCGCCCCGCCUCGGCCCUCCCCGGCCGGAGGGACGGGACGCCCACCAAGACCACCCCGUGCGACAUCCCCCCGCCCUUCCCCAACCUCCUCCAGCACCGGCCGCCUCUGCUGGCCUUCCCUCCGGCCAAGCCCGCUUCGCGCGCCCCCGGCGAGGGGGGCUCCAGGCUACCGGUCCUCUGCCACCCCAAGGAGCCGGCCGCGCCCACCGCAGCUCCCCAAGUGCCUGCUCGGGAGCGGGAGACGCCUCCCCUGCCGCCUCCGCCUCCGGCCGCCAACCUGCUGCUGCUGGGCCCGUCCGGCCGGGCCCGGAGCCACUCCACGCCGCUGCCCCCCCAGGGCUCCGGCCAGCCCCGCGGGGAGCGCGAGCUCCCCAACUCCCACAGCAUGAUCUGCCCCAGGGCCGCAGGGGCGCCGGCGGCCCACCCCGCCCCGGCCGCCUUGCUCCCCGGGCCGCCCAAGGACAAGGCCGUGUCCUACACCAUGGUGUACUCUGCCGUCAAGGUGACCACGCACUCGGUCCUGCCGGCCGGGCCGCCCCUGGGGGUCGGGGAGCCGAAGACGGAGGAGAUCUCGGUUCUUCACGGGAUGCUGUGCGCCAGUUCGAGGCCCCCUGUCCCGGGGAAGGCCAGCCCGCACGCAGCGGCCAUGGGUUCGGCCGCCGGCGUCCUCCACCACCGCAGCUGCCUGGCCUCCCCGCACGGCCUUCCGGAUCCCGCCGCAGGGCCCCUGGCCCCCCUCUGGACCUACCCAGCCACGGCAGCUGGGCUCAAGAGACCCCCCGCCUAUGACAGUCUCAAGGCUGGGGGGGUGCUCAACAAGGGCUGCGGAAUGGGGGCGCCGUCCCCCAUGGUCAAGAUCCAGCUGCAGGAGCAAGGGACUGACGGGGGCGCCUUUGCCAGCAUCUCCUGCGCCCAUGUCAUCGCCAGCGCGGGGACGCCGGAAGAGGAAGAGGAGAUGGGCGCCGCCUUUGGGGCAGGCUGGGCCCUGCAGAGAAAAGUCCUGUAUGGAGGGAGGAAAGCAAAGGAACCGGACAAAGAGGAUGGUGCCCGGGCCUGGAAUGGCAGUACGGAAGGUCCUGGCAAAGCAGAGCACGAGGACAGGGUCCCUGUGGCAUCGGGGAUUCCUGUGAGAAGCCAGGGGGCAGAGGGUCUGCUGGCCAGGAUCCACCAUGAUCGAGGAGGGAGCCGCACAGCGCUGCCGGUCCCUUGCCAGACGUUCCCGGCCUGCCACCGGAAUGGAGAUUUCACAGGAGGGUACCGCCUGGGCCGCUCUGCCUCCACCUCUGGAGUCCGUCAGGCUGCGCUCCAUACCCCUCGGCCCUGCAGCCAGCCCAGGGAUGCCCUGAGCCAGACCCACCCCGUGCUGCCUCUGCCCUUACCGCCCCAGCCGGCCCGGGAGCGCGACGGCAAGCUCUUGGAGGUGAUCGAGCGGAAACGCUGCGUGUGCAAGGAGAUCAAGGCGCGCCACCGGCCCGACCGCGGGCUCUGCAAGCAAGAGAGCAUGCCCAUCCUGCCCAGCUGGCGGCGGGGCCCCGAGCCCCGCAAGUCCGGCACGCCGCCCUGCCGCCGGCAGCACACGGUCCUGUGGGACACGGCCAUCUGAGGACGCGGCGGGACACCGGGCGGGGGCGGGGCGGCCCGGGCCGCCGAGCCCGAGGGGCGGGAGAGGGGCCCGCGGGGCGCGGGUCUGCUCGAGCGCGGGCCCCGCAGCCAGGGCCGGGGUGGCGGGCGCGGGAAGGAGGGACGGGUUCGCAGGAGCCGGGGUGGGGCCCGCAGGUCGGCGGGGACGCGGGGAAGGCAGGCAGCGCUCACGAGCCAGGGGAGCGGGGAAGGGUAUUUAUUUUGGUAUUUAUUUCGGUCCCGAGGGCACCCUGGGCCCUUCUGGGCGGUCGGCGAGCGGCCCAGGCGGUGACCGUGCUCACGGUCCCCAGAGCCCGGUAGCGGUGUGGUCUGCUGUAAAACAGCGCGUCAUUUAGUUCUGGGGUAAGGGUCUAGCCAGGGACGGGAGGGUGCCGGGAGAGGGGAGCGAGCGGGCGGCGGGGAGCGGGGUAUUUAUUUAAAUAAUUAAAAAAGAGCUGUCAGGAACUUUUUUUAAAUUCCUUUCUUUUCAGAAUAAUAUAUUAAAAGACUCAUGAUCC